GCUCCCAAGAGUCCUCCUCCAUCUGUGUCUUUCCCCUUCUCCCUCUUAAGCUCCACCAAUGGAGAGGACGCCCCUUCUCAGCCAUAACCAGAGCGUCGCCUGGCGGCGGCGGAGUUGUCUUCCCCUCGUUCUUCUGAUAUCAACAAUUCUGGUGUUGGUUACGAUCGGAGUGUUCGCCGGAGCUCCUCAGAUGGCCCGGAUACUUGGAAGUCUUCGGACAAGGAACAGCGGGGACGAAGGGGCCGUGAUCCAUGCGGCGCACGGGGUCGUCGCGGCGGACGACGCGCGAUGCUCGGACAUCGGGACGGAGGUUCUCAGGGAGGGCGGCCACGCCGUCGACGCGGCAGUGGCUACCGCUCUCUGCCUCGGGGUCGUCUCCCCCAUGUCGAGCGGCAUCGGCGGUGGAUCGUUCCUGGUCGUCAGAUCGUCGGCAGACGGCGAGGCGCUCGCUUACGAUAUGAGGGAGACCGCACCGGGAGCAGCCUACAAGGACAUGUACAAUAUGCAGCCAGAAAAAAAGGUGGUUGGUGCACUCUCCAUGGGGGUACCCGGGGAGAUAGCCGGCCUUCAUGAAGCCUGGAAGAGAUAUGGAAGACUUCCUUGGAAGAGGCUUGUCCUUCCUUCCAUAAAACUUGCUAGGGAUGGCUUUCUGGUAUCUCCUUACCUUGCAGCAACCAUGAAGAGAAGAGAAACGCUGAUAAUGGCUGACCCUGGCCUGCGCCGCAUGCUCGCCCCAGCUGGUAUACUGCUAAAAUCUGGUGAUAAAUGCUAUAAUCGUGAACUGGCGGACACUCUUCAAGCGAUCUCUGAAUGUGGACCUAAGGCAUUUUACAAUGGAAGCGUGGGAGAGAACCUUGUGAAGGAUGUGCAAGAUGCAGGAGGCAUACUAACCAUGCAAGAUCUUCAAAAUUAUAAAGUCGAAGUCAGGUCUCCUAUUGCUGUGGACGUGAUGGGGUACCAGAUCUUGGGGAUGCCGCCUCCUUCCAGUGGCACCUUGGGCCUGUCAUUGGUUUUGAACAUCCUAGCCGGCUACGGAACAGAGGAUGCAGCAAAUGGUCCAUUGGGCGUACAUCGUCUAAUUGAAGCACUCAAACACAUGUUCGCCAUCAGAAUGAAUCUUGGCGACCCGGACUUUGUAAACAUAACGGGCUACCAGCAUGACAUGCUUUCUCCAGAGUUUGCCGCACAGCUUCGAAAGAAGAUUCUAGACAACACCACAUUCGCCCCAAACUAUUACAUGCCCAAAUGGAGCCAGCUCCAAGACCAUGGAACCAGCCAUUUCUGCAUUGUGGAUGCAGAAAGGAAUGCAGUUUCCUUGACCAGCACUGUGAAUUACCCUUUUGGAGCAUCGGUCCUUUCGCCAUCUACUGGAAUACUGUUGAACAACGAGAUGGAUGAUUUCUCGAUGCCAGUGGAUACAGGUGAAGGUGGCCUUCCAGCAGCUCCAUCUAAUUUUAUUCAGCCUAACAAGAGACCAUUAUCUUCCAUGACACCGAUUAUAGUGCUGAAGGACAACCAACUGGCUGGUGUUAUAGGUGGUAGUGGUGGGAUGCUCAUAAUUCCAGCGGUUAUUCAGGUCUUCAUCAACCAUUUCAUCCUUUCCAUGGGUGCAGAAGCUUCUGUUCAAAAGCCAAGGGUGUAUCACAAGUUGAUACCCAACACAGUUUUGUAUGAGAAUUGGACUUUGAUAAAUGGGGAGCACAUUGAGCUACCAGAUGAUACAAAGCUUUUCCUGAAGCAAAGAGGUCAUGAGCUAAAGGCGCAAGCAGGCGGUGCCAUUUGCCAGCUUGUUGUGCAUAGCCUUCAGAAUCCAGUCAAGCGGAAUGGAAGCAGGAAAGAAAAUCCCCUGCUCAAACAAGUCUUUCAUGGAAUCCUUACUGCUGUUAGUGACCCAAGAAAGGAUGGAACCCCUGCAGGCUUUUGAUGAUUUCUGUAAAGUAUCAAUCAUCUUCGAUAUGCAGAACACGUCUAUUCAUCCUCUCAUUUGACGACUGCUGUAAAUAAGUUGUGAUAUGGAUACUACCAUGAAGGUAGAAAGGAUCAAAUAAAGGAAUAAACUUUAUACACAAA